CAGACUCGUUCUAGUAGGCUUUCCCGAAACAAUGGCUGCUGUUGUUGCUUGGCUCUACGGUUUUGUGGAGAAAGGACAAAAUCUCCUUGUUGAAAUUUGGAGACAAAUUUUUGUCACUCAAAACCCGUCUCUACAUUAUAAAGCCAAAGCGGAAGCGAAAACUGCUGCCUAUGGCAAAUAUAAUGUUCUGCGAAUCGUAGUUGCCAACGAACUAUUGGAUUGGUCUAUAUCCUAUCCCGAUUAUAAUCCUGUAUAUUUCACUGCUCCUGGAGUCUUGAAAGAUAGUAAGGGUGUUAAACCGAUUUGGGCGGAUGAUGAACCCAUUAAUUGGACACUAACCCCUAAUUGGAAUGCUAUAGAUGAAAUAAAUGGUCACAAAGUAAAUAGAAUAAGCUAUGAGAAGACGUACGACUUUGAGACAACAGAAGGGGACCAGCGUGUACCGUUAAAUCCUAGAGGAAGAAGAGGUAUUAGAGGAAGGGGUGAAUUGGGUAGAUGGGGUCCAAAUCAUGCAGCUGAUCCAAUUGUUACUCGUUGGGCGGAUAGGGAAAAAAGAAUUUUGGAAUUUGUAGCAAUUCAGAGGAGAGACACAGGAGAAUGGGCUAUACCUGGAGGUAUGGUGGACGCAGGAGAAGUCAUCAGUGAAACUCUAAAGCGAGAAUUUUGCGAAGAAGCUCUAGCAUCUUUAGAGGUUAGUGACGAAGAACGUAAACAAUUAAAGGAGAAAAUUGACGAAUUAUUUGCAAAUGGUGAAGAAAUUUACAAAGGUUACGUAGACGAUCCUAGAAAUACGGAUAAUGCUUGGAUGGAAACGGAAGCUUAUAACUUUCACGACGAGGAAGGUUCCAGCUUUUCUAAAAUUGAAUUAAAAGCUGGAGACGAUGCAAAACACGUUCAAUGGAUGCCUAUAACCAGCGAUAUCAAAUUAUACGCAAGCCAUUCGGACUUUGUUCGUAAAGUUGCACAAAGACAUAAUGCAAAUUUGUGA